ACAUUACGCCCGUAUAAAACGUCAACUCCACUGACAAAGUCUGUAAUCGUUUUUUUUUUGUUUUUUUGGGGGGGCGAAUGGCUUUGUUUUAAAACAAGUAAUGACUUAAAUAAUUUAUAGUUAUCAUCCAUAUUGAUAAAAGAAAAUUUAAAAAAUGGACCAGGACUUUAAGGACAUGGAUUCAGAGGGCCGGUGGCAGAACUUAUACAUAGAAAUACGGAAUCAGUCCCAUGAAUGUCCUUUAAAAGUUGCUAAAUAUCCAGAAAAUCGCAACCGGAACCGAUACAGAGAUGUCAGUCCAUUUGAUCACAGCAGAGUUAAACUGGAGAACACAGAGAACGACUACAUCAACGCCAGCCUGGUGGUCAUGGAGGAGGCCCAGAGGAGCUACAUUUUAACUCAGGGUCCUCUGAGGAACACCUGUGGUCACUUCUGGUUGAUGAUCUGGGAACAGAAUACCAAGGCUGUCAUCAUGCUGAACAGAGUCAUAGAGAAGGGAUCAGAAAAGUGUGCUCAGUAUUGGCCAACGCAGGAUGAGCAUGAGAUGUCUUUCAGAGAUACACAUUUCCUGAUAACGCUGGUUUCAGAAGACGUCAAGUCCUACUACACAACCAGAGUGCUGGAGCUGCAAAAUGAUAAGACAGGGGAGAAGAGAGAGAUAUAUCACUUUCAUUACACCACCUGGCCUGACUUUGGUGUCCCAGAAUCGCCGGCGUCCUUCCUCAACUUCCUGUUCAAGGUGCGGGAGUCUGGCUCGUUAGGGGCGGACCACGGACCGGCGGUAGUGCACUGCAGCGCUGGAAUUGGCCGCUCAGGGACCCUCUCAUUGGUUGACACCUGUCUGGUCCUGAUGGACAAGAGGAAAGACCCAUCGUCUGUGGACAUCAAAGCUGUGCUGCUGGACAUGAGGAAGUACCGUAUGGGUCUGAUCCAGACUCCUGACCAGCUACGCUUCUCCUACAGGGCCGUCCUGGAGGGGGCCAAGUACAUCAUGGGGGACUGCUCUGUACAGAAAAUGUGGCGUGAGCUAUCUAAAGAGGACCAGGACCCAGUGUCUGAUUCUGAAUCCCUUCUUCCUACCCAGCCACCCUCCAAGUGUCCCCUGGAGAAAUACAAUGGCAGCCGGGUGUCCCUGGGGAAAGAGGGAGGGGACGCGGAGCUGGGGGAGAGAACGACGGGGACGGAGUCACCAUAUAAGGAACAGGAUGUGGACGAGAGUACAGCUAAUGCUCGCAAGAGACCGCGCGAUGAGAGGGUGUCUAACUGGACCCCCAAGAUCACAGACCCCAAGCAGACGAAGCCCAGCAUAACAGACUCUGAAAAAAAGAGAAAAAGGCCGAGAACCAGUGACCGCUAACUGACUCCACCGUGGCUCAGCCUCCUCCUGAUCUGGCUGCUGAGAUGACGUUGACAGGAAUCUCCCCCCACCCACCCACUAUAGCUCCCCCUCCCUCUCUCUCUAUAUCUCCCUCCUUCUAUAUCCCCACAUCCCCCUUCUCUCUCUCUCCCUCCCUCCCUCUAUAUAUCCCCCUCUCUCCCUCCCUCUCUAUACCCCCCUCUCCCUCUAUA